UUUAUUAAUAUACAAAUAAAACCAUAUAAUAUAAUAUUAAAACAAUACAAUUUUGUAUUAGUUAUACUGAUGCAUGUUAGAUUGUGGGCUUAGCCUUCCUCUUCGUGCUUGUUCGUGUCACGAAUUGCGCUCAACUCUGGUGUCACUGUGACGUCACAGCAGCAGUUCCAUGGCUUGCGUUACCUUACCGUUGUCUUAACUCUAAGCGUCUUAUCUGGAAAAUGGAAGCAGAAUCAAAUAUAUCAGCCCGGGAAAGAUGUGCCAAUCCACCUUCUGUGUGCUUGAGUGAUGUGGAUGAUAUAUCCGAUGUUGAUGUGGAAGAUGUUGUGGACAAGCUGCAUAAAACAAUAACAUCGAAACCAAUCUACGAUGAGAAGAGAAGCAUAUUCAAUACAACGCUCGACUUGACAGAUGCUGACUCUGAAUGCCAAAGCGCCGGCGCAAAUGUGGAUGCUUAUGUUGCGUCUGUUGCUGAGGAGAAACAACUAUGGGAAACCUUUACCACCAAAAUUUUGCAUAAAUCGGAUCCAGGAAAGAUGCUUGCAACCAAGCCGAGCGGCGAGCAGCAGGCAUAUCUGAAUCAGGGACCCAAUUUUCCCAGUUUUAUGCGCAACUUCAGCAAUCUUAUGGACGAUGGCAAUGCGUUUAUUCGGCAGCAUGAAGAGAUGCAGGACCUACAAGAGAACUUAAUGGAUUGCUGCAUGAUCAUUCAACAACAACGGCAACAUAAUUGCUUAGCCGAAUCGUUGGCUAAUGGAAUUUCCAUAACAAAAUAGAAUAUAUGUAGAUAAGUUAUACGAUAUAUAAAUAAACUGGCGAUAGUCACGCUUAAGU